AAUUCGUUCUGUAAAGCAGGUGUUUUUAAGGUGUUUACUAAAAAUUAAAUUUGCGUUAAAUUCUUCCUUAAUUAUUUAUCUUUCUUUACUCGAAUGCUGAAGAAAUUAUUGUGGAACAAAGAUUUUAGAAACUUAGGCCUAAAAUAAUUUUGAUGUCGUUUUUAUAGUUACUUGUAUUGUUUAAAUAUUUGAAGUCUUAUCAUUAUGAAAUACUACAUCUUGUUGUUACUUUGUUUCGGGUUCACCGUUUUAAAAGCUGACACUUCGUUAGCAGAUGUAUACUUUGGUCUUACAUACAAUGGAGAGGGCUAUCUUUAUCCAUUUCCUGAGCAAUGCACCAGACUUUUGGAUGAGUUUGCCGAUUAUGCUUCAAAUUUUACCAAGUGUUCAAUAAAGCAUGCAAGACCAAUAAGACUUUGUGAAAGAUGUAUUGAUCAAUAUGUGGAGUUUGAUGCAAAGUAUCAAGAAUUGUUGACCACUGUUGUAAAUGGAACUUCCUGUAGAACAAUAUUUAUUUCUCAUGAUAGACUUGAUGCUGUUUUGGACUAUCAUGACAACAUAUUGAGUGUUUGGAAUAAGGGAAAUUGUAAAACAUGUUUUGAUUGGUCCAGCACUACACCUCAGUUAUUAAAUAGUACAAAUCGCUUCAAUAAAAUGUUUAAUGACACAUUGGGAUGUAUCUCUGACAAUUUGAACCAAUAUGGCAAUAAUUCAGAAGAAGUCUGCCAAAAAUGCAUGCAGACUUAUAUACAGUUGGAUGAAUAUUACAAAUCUUUGAGUGUUGAUGCUAUUGGAGUUGAUAGUAUAUGUAUGGAUAUUGUUGAUUCUAUGAACACUACAAGAUCCAUUUGGAGCAAAAGUUUAAAUUGCUGUCAAUUGAGGAAAACACCAGAAUUAAUAUUUUUAUGCUGCACUGGGAUCAUAUCUUUGCUUCCUAUAUUGUUCUACUUGGGUGUGAGGUUUUGUGGCCCCAUUAGAGAUUUGCCUAAAGUUUUAAGGCAAUCAAGAUUCAAGCAAUCUAUUUUACAAUCAGUAGAUGGCCGAAUUAACUAGGAUAUUGAAGAAAAUAUAGAGGAUUUAUAAUCUAAAUAAUAAGGAAAGAAGUUAACUCUUUUUUACAACUUUAUUUUACUAUUGACCAAAGAAAUAAAAUGCAUAUUUUAAC